UUGGGUUACUUUUGCAUCGUGCUGUGCUGGUUUUCUUGCGAUGAAUGCACAUACCUCCGAGUGAUGAAAGAGUGCCGUGUUAGGAACAGGUAAGUAACCAAUAUAUGCACAGAGGCUUUUCCGAUUGCACUUCUACUACUAGGUGAUUAAUGCCGUGUUUCUUCAUCCUGCCCCAUGUAGACCCAGCCUACUGUGUGUUUUGUCACCGCACGUGGCAAUAACGAUUUCUUUCUUGUUUACUGCAGACUAGUCACUAAGUCCACAACUGCUAUCGCCAUCGCUGAUACGAACACUGUUGUUGGUCCCGUCGGCCUCGACAUUGUUGUUGUUGUCAUCACUACCGCCACCGUUGUCACCCUCAUCGUUGGCUCUCGCCAUCACUCUUCGAAACAUCUUGUUUCGCUUCUUGGCAUCCGAUGCUACCUCGUCUUGCGCCGCAGAGGACAUAGAACGUCCAUGCCCGUGUGCGUGUGCGUGUGCGUGCGCGUGGCGGCCGUUGAGUACACUCUGUUGGGUACCAUUACUGCCAUCGGACGACCGAGAUGCAUCGCCAUCGCUGCAGGAUACCGCGCGAUUCAUAGACUUCUUGUUUUCUGAAGUGCCACCAUCGGCCUUGUCUUUGUCAUCGCUUCCGAUGGAUUUCGGUUGCUGUUUCGACGACGCCGAGUGCUCCUGUUCGUCUUGCUGCUGGUCGUAUUCACCCAGAGGACGAAUACUGCAUACACAUUCUGGAGCAUCCCCCUUAAAAUGAACCACGCCGUUGAGUGUAACGAGCAUAUACUGCUCGUCUUUGUUCUUGAGUCGAAGCUCCCACACACCAGAUCCCAGUACCGCCAUGUCGGAAUCAGCUUCGCGCGCGGCCAACGAGUCCAUGAAUGCUGCCUUCAGCAAGCGGACCGAAUCCUGACAAAUKAGAUCCCAAAAGGAGGUACCCUCCAGCUUUUCGGGAGACAUAUCAAGGAAGCGCCCAACGCUUUCGCUGACAAACCCAAGUUUCCCAGAAGAAUCAAAGACGACGAUCAGGUCCGGAAUAGUUCGUAAUAUCUGUUCCUUGCGUCGGAGUUCGUCGUUUUCUUCCUUCAAUUCUUCGAUGAACUGUUUCUUGCGCUUGCGACUUAAUUGCGCCGAUCUUCUGUUGGCAGCCCGUUUUUGCUGUUUCUUGCUUCCUAUUCCCGUGUCGACAUCCAUCGCAUUAUUUCCUCGAUCAACAAUCCCAGCCUUCUCACUGCUUGUACUCAGUUGACCCGCGGCUGGCAAAAUGCGUCCUCCAGAAGCAGUUGCUGCUUGGAGUAUAGAAGGGAUGGUGUUCGCGCCUGCAGCUGCAUAUUGGUAUUGUUGCUGGUGAAUCUUCUGAGGAUGUUGGRUUUGAUUCACUUGCUGUUGUGCUUGUUGAAGAAGUGCUUGUGCCUGCUGUUGUAAGCUAGUAGUAGCGAUGGCGUGACCAGUACCAAGGUGAGAAGAAUCCGCAGAGCCUUUUUGGAAAAAAGAUUUUCAAACGUGCAUAAAAAUAUAAGUAAAGGAAUAAGUAACAG